AGGAUCUGUAGAAACAAUGGCCGCCGUUGCAUGCAUAAACAAAACACUUUCUUAUCAAGAUUAAUCACCUGACAAUGUGCGUUGAUGUCAUGUGCCAUGCAUUGUCCUAACAGUGCAGACCCAGAAGAUCAUGAUGUGUCUAUUUCUGAAACAUCCAGAUCUGACACAUUACCGGGUGGACGUAGAAUCAAGGUUGUCAUGGAUAUCCGUGACAUUAUGGGAGAACCAACAUCUGGUGAAUGUAGCUCCUUUUUCAAAAAGGGCCUUAUCCAAGACAACCAACUUAAGCAGUGUCUUUCACUCUCUGAUUACAGUGCAGACCCAGAAGAUCAUGAUGUGUCUAUUUCUGAAACAUCCAGAUCUGACACAUUACCAGGGUGGACGUAGAAUCGAGGUUGUCAUGGAUAUCAGUGACAUUAUGGGAGAACCAACAUCUGGUGAAUAUAGCUCCUGCACUUUGCCAUUCAAUUUGCUGCAUUCACAGAGGGAAAAGCUGUUCGAACAUGCAGACCAACUGAAUGAAAAUGAUAGCUCGGAUGUUGAUAAAGUGUUUGCUACGCAAAACAAGAACAGCAUACCACUACCUCCAAUACAAGCUUUUGUUGAGGGGGUGCAUGAAGGAUUCAUUGAUUUACCUGAUGCAUCGCAAUCAGAUCUCAAUAUGGAAAUCACACAUGUUUGCUCUUCCAUGCAAGAAAAACUGCCUAACACAGAAACUGAAUUACAUGUUUGUCAAAGUGUAAAUACAGAAAAUGUUCCUGUUUGUCUUUCUCUUUUGCAAGACAAAGUAAAUAAUUCAGUAGCUGAAAUAUGUCCAGACAUUGGAAUAGAGCUCAAACCUUUGUGCCUUUCUUUAACACAAGAAAGAUCAAUUAAUAAAAGUGCUGAAAUAUAUUCAGACAUUAAAACAGAUAUUGUACAUAUGUGUCAUUCCCCUGUGCAUAAUCCAUCUGACUUGACCAAACAAGUCAAACCUAAAAACAAAAAUGCAAGCUUUUCUUCUUUUUCAGAAGAAUUAACUUACGCACAUGCUUAUGAAAAUGUAGAGCUCAAAACGGAUGAUGUAGAACCCUUAUGCAUUUGCCCGUCGCAUGAUGAUUCUUUCAAUGCAACAACAGAGGAACUGGUAUAUCUGAAUGUCAUUGAACCUGUGUGCAUUUCCCCAAAAUCAAGAGAACUGACAGUGAUAGAGGAUGAUGGCUUGAAGAUGUCACUGGUACAUUGUGAAUGUCCUCCGAGCAACCGGAAAGCAAUACCAGCCAACCAAGUGUUCCAAAUCGAUGGAGAGCUCUUCUAUAUUCCAUCAGCCAAACUCUUGAACAUCGGUAGCCUGCAGAUUUAUGGAUAUGAGAAAGGAGGGAGCUGGUAUGUUCCAAUGGCUCUGUUGAACAGAAUUCUUGAAGCUGAUGUUCAGGAGCUAUUUACUCAAGUUGCCAUAAGUAGCUGCUUUAGUUUGAUAUUCCAACGAAUGGGUAAAAAUGAAAUAGAUUUUUUGAAACAGAAAUGUUCUUUUGAUGACACAGUUGAAAGUGGAUAUUUAAUAAGUACAUCAGAUUUGCAGUAUAUUUGUUCUGCCAUCGCAGAUGAACUUUAUGAUAAUGUGAUACAGACACUUGCAUAUGGUAAUCUGUGUGAAAAUAAAUUACAGGAAAAUUCUAUGUGCUCAAGUUGUGGUUUAACUAUUAAAAAUUCUGGUGCAUCAGGGUCCUUUUCUUUGAGUGGAGGAAGUAAUGACUGUCUUCAGAGUAAUGCCAAAAAGACAAGUGAAAUCAAAGAUGUAGGUGAUAGCACUGUUAAUGAAAAAGAAAAUGUGGACUACAAUGCUAAAGCAGAGAAUGAGUAUGAAUCAGAGUUUGACAUGGGAAGGAAAGCGUUUAGAACACGUCUUAAAAUGCUACAGAAUACCAUAGAAACAGGAUACAAGCAAAGAAUUAAACAGAGCAAAUCAAAUCUUAAUUAUGUAAUCAAUAAAGCAAAAAGUCACAAGAAACAGAGGGAUUCAAUUGCAGAAAUUGUUCUUGCUGUUGGAGAUUACAUUGUUAAAGACAUCACAGUAUUUAAAAACAGAAUGAAGACCAAUAAGGUUGUGUUGACAAAUUCCAAGCAAUGCAAGAUGGAAGAAAUUGAUUUUGAAGGCAAAUCAUUGAAAGAAAAAGAGAGAUCAGAUCGCAAAGAUCCAGUCUUUGAUCCUGAACUUGAAACAAAGAUGGCAGCAAAUCAUUUAGAAAAAAUCGCAGAGGCGUUUGACAGCUAUGACUGGAGAGCAGCAGAGUUUCAGGAACCGAUAUACUUGAACAUGGAUGAUGAUCAAGGAUGCUUUUACAAAUAUGACAUGCUGACUGAUGAACACUUAGUUGAAAUUGUCAACUCUGCAGCAAUGGAAGCUGACAGAACAUAUCAGAAUGGAAAGAGUGUACACAUUGAUGUUGACAAAGAUCAAUUAGAAGGGGGCUCUGUUUCUACAGACAACAAAGACGAUUUAAGUUUAAACAUGAACAACUCAGGAGAUGGUUGGAAUGAUGAAUUGUGUAAAGAAACAAAGAUAGAUAUGCCACAUGAAAAGGGUGAUUCCUUGAAUGCUGUGCCUUAUAAUAAUCUUUAUUCUGGUCAUGUCAAGGAGGUAAAUGACCAUGUUGGACCAAUUGUUGAUAAACCUCAGAUGAAUUCUGAUUGUAGACAUGAAAUUAAAAUGAAAAAUGGCAUUAUUCAAUCUUCAUCAAAUAUAAAGAAAAGAGUGAUGAGGAAUGGUGGUUUGAAAGAAAAUAUUCAAAAGAAAAGCAAAAUGACAACUAAGCAACAUCUAAAUGGUUGCAAACUUUUAAACACAGAACUGACAAAAGAAAAUUCCAAAUGUGAGAACAGCGUAAUAUCUGAACGGUCUAUAGAUGUUUCUGAGGCUGAAAAUGGUAGGACAAACAUGCCUGGGCAAAUACAUGUUACAAAAAAGGAAGACAUGGAGCCCCAAGUUAAGGCUGAAGAGUACCCAAGGCAGGUUGUGUCAAGUCAACAUGGGUUGACACAAAAGAAAGAAAUGGAAGAAAAUAUAAGGAAGUUUGUGAAAUUCUCAUGUAAUUUGACAUUGGAAGGCAAUAUUAAGAGCAAGGUAGAGGGAUUUGUUCCUGGGGCAGAACAGGUGUUUCCAGCCUUGUUUUCUCCUGAUCCCAAUCAUUUGAUGGCAAGAUAUCUUCGCAAAAGAUUCUGCUUCGCAGCAGAGGAAUUUAUGGACCAUUUACUUAAACAGAAUCAUGUCAGGGAAAGCCUUCCUCAGGGCAACCAUGUAUUAUCUGAAACUUUGCAAGAGAAGAGAAACUGCUCAGAUGUUCAGCCAAAAUCACUGUAUUCACAACAUAUUCCAAACCACUGUAUCAAAGAGACUUCAUCUAUCGUUUCACAAGAGUCUCCUUUAAAAGAAAACAGUAUAUGUUCAAGUAUACAAAAGACUUCUCCAGACAGACAAGCUGUGCCGAACGUAACCUAUUCCUCCAGCAUUAUGUGUUCCACAAACACUGAUUGCCCAACACUGAAGUUGGUUUUGAGACCUCAGGUGCCGAAAAUGUUAAUAAAAAAGAAUCCCAAAACAUGUGAUUUUAAUGCAAUACCACUUGACAGGGUAGAUGCUGAAGUAUUGCCUUUCAACACAUAUGCUAGAUGUCAGUCUUCACAAUCAAAUGAGGUCAAAGUUUUUGAUUCAAAAAUGAGUCAGAAAAACGAAAUAAGCAGUUCUAUAAAGGAAAAGCUGGUGGAACUCAGAAAUUACAGCAAGAGCAGAUGCGAUCAGAGUGUUUCAGAGAGCGCUAAUACAAAUUUUGAAGACUGUACAGAGGAACAAACUAGCAUCAGUGAUAAUCCUAAACAUGAUUUUGAAGCUUUAGUUACUGUAGCUGAUGGUAAAAGUGCUGUAUCUGGUGUUGAAAAUGAUGAUAAUGGCAUCGACUCUUGCAUUGUAGUGGAAAGAAGAGAGAGACGAAAACAUAUUAUCCUCAAGUUCAAACGUUCCACUUCCUUGCAGCUAGAUGUGAACAAUAAUGGUGUCACAACCAACAGUACUGUAGCUGUUCAACCCAACCCUGUGCAGGUUGAAUCGGCUGGAAGUGAAGAGGGAAUCACACAAUCUGAUCGAACAGGUCACGUUGUCAAGACAAGUUUGUCUGUCAAUGGAGGUGACAAUCAAAAGCAGUUAUUAUCAAAAACCUUAGUUAGAAGAAAAAGGACAAAAAGUGAAAAUAGCUGCGGAAUAAAAAUGAAAUUCCGUAGAUUAAGUGAAGAAAAGGUUUUCUCUUCAGAGUUUGUUACUCAGUUAUCCAAUGCGGAGCUUGCAAUUUCUGAUAAACAAACCAAAGGGAAAGAACUUAAAGAUAAAGUGGAAGAAAUCCAGUCAGUAGUUACCUGCCCAAAACAAAUGUGGGAUUUGGAUGUGUUUAAAUGUUUUGUUCGAUUGCAACGAGUGUGCAUUCCAGGAUGCAAUUUUUCUUUCUUUGUUUGAAAUUACAGUUUUUGCUAGUUUUUGUAAUAAAAUAAACCUCAUCAUAAAAGUUUCCUGGGGGUAUUAAAUGAUUUUUUUACAGUUGUUUCAAGGCACGGGCAUAAUAUUAUUGUUACUUGUCGAAUAAAAUAUAUACUCCUCACUAUGUUUAUAUGUUCUAUAUUUAUAUUUAAGUGUUUUGUUGUUUUACAUAUUUUAGUUAUAUUGUAUGAGUUGCGUGAUGUGAACAUUGGCCUUAUGUCAUAUGGGGUAACUCACCUCAAGAAGAGGCUCUUAAUUCGAUUAGUGUUGUCAGGAUCGACCUUGUUAGCUAGUAAGGCCACGAAAACUUACUUGACUUUCUAGUAGACUGGGUAGGUCCUGACCAGACUGCUUGUAUGUGCAAGCUGGUCUUAAGCUAACCUCGUCAAAUGUGGCAUUAGACAAUGACAAUGCUCAUAUAGUGCUAUAAAUCAAUGUGUAGUCCUUAUACCUUGUUACAACUUAUUUUGUUUUAAGACCAGUAGAGUAUUUUAAUAUUGUCAUUGGUAUAUUGAAGGACAAAGCCGCCUCUAAUAAAAAUAGAAAAACAAUCAUUUGUUUUAUGUUUUAACUGUUAUAUAUGUAAUUAUUUCAGGAAAUAAGUCAUGUUCUUGAAUUUUUAGUUCAAAAACGGAAUUCAGUUAAAUAAAGCCUUUAUGUGUAUGGCUUGUGACUUCAUUGAUUGUUCAAACUAUUAAUUUUUAUAAAUCCCCCCCCCCCCCCUCGAAGAAGAGGGGGUAUAUUGUGUUGCACAUGUUGGUCGGUCCGUCCGUCGGUCGGUCCGUCCACCAGAUGGUUUCCGGAUGAUAACUCAAGAACGUUAGGCCUAGGAUCAUGAAACUUCAUAGGUACAUUGAUCAUGACUGGCAGAUGACCCCUAUUAAUUUUCAGAUCACUAGGUCAAAGGUCAAGGUCACAGUGACUCGAAAUAGUAAAAUGGUUUCCGGAUGAUAACUCGAGCAUGCUUAUGCCUAGAAUCAUGAAACUUCUUUAGGUACAUUGAUCAUGACCGGCAGAUGACCCCUAUCGAUUUUCAGGUCACUAGGUCAAAGGUCAAGGUCAAAGUGACGCGAAAUUGUAAAAUGGUUUCCGGAUGAUGACUCAAGAAUGCUUACGCCUAGGAUCAUGAAACUUCAUAUGUACAUUGAUCAUGACCGGCAGAUGACCCCUAUUGAUUGUCAGAUCACUAGGUCAAAGGUCAAUUUCACAGUGACUCGAAACAGUAAAAUGGUUUCCGGAUGAUAACUCUAGAAUGCAGAUGACCCCUGUUAAUUUUCAGGUCAAAGGUCAAGUUCAUAGUGACUCGAAACAGUAAAAUGGUUUCCUGAUGAUAACUCAAGAAUAAUUAGGCAUAGGAUCAUGAAACUUCAUUGGUACAUUGAUCAUGACUAGCAGAUGACUCCUAUUGAUUUUCAGAUCACUAGGUCAAAGGUCAAGGUCACAGUGACAAAAAAGUAUUCACACAAUGGCUGCCACUACAACUGACAGCCCAUAUGUGGGCAACCCGUUUCCUUUGCGAUAUUUUGUAAAAUCGUUAUUUUGCUUGUACCUCUUAUUUUAAUGUUAUAUGUAUAUGAUCUCAUAUGCUAAUGAUAUUGUUUAUAAGAACUUUUUAUUACAUUUCUUUUAAUGCUCAUGUCUUUUUCAUAUCAUUUAUUUAUUUCACAACACAUUCAAUUCCCAGUUUUGAUAAUUAGUUUAUUUUCAUGUUAAAAAUUAUAUUCAUUUCACAUAAACUAUUGUUUACUUUUCUUUCAGGGAAUUUAAUUGAAAAAAUAGUGCUGUUAUAUUGCUUCAUUAAAUACAAAAUUGAAUUAUCUAGUGUGUGAUUUUUAUGUGCAUUUAUGUAGUUAUUUAUUUGAGAAAUAAUGUUUUGAUUGAUAUACAUCUUAUCUUUGUCGUCUUAAUGUUGCUUGGAUGGCAGAAAUGAUAUAAAGAUAUCUGAAGUAAACUAAUAUAAAUUAUUUUAGAAGAAUUAAUGAUAAUAGAUACGAAAUAGACUCAAGCACUUAGGACAAUCCAAUAUACAUUCAUAAACUGAAAUCAGCGUUAAAUCUCUGUUAAAAACUGUUAAAUAGUUGUUCAAUUAUUUGCAAUACAGACUUUGUCAAGUCUCUAUAUAUAUAUAUUAAUUUAGCAAAAGACUACACUUUAAAAAAACAUUCUUUUUAAUUUUAACUUAGAAAGAAAAAAGAAAAAAACAUUAUUUCACUUAGAUGUAUUGCAAUAUUUGCAUUUUUUCAUGUUGAAGAUAACAAACUUUAGCUGUAUGUGUUCUAAUUAUAUGCCAAUACCUCUUAAGUCUAAGUUUAAUACGCAUGUUCUUUUUAUAGACCAUAACAUCUUAAGUUUCAGUUUAACAAACUUGUUCUAUAUAUAAGCCAUAACCUCUUUAGUUGCAGUUAAACACACAUUUUCUUCUUAUAGGCCAUAAACUCUUAAGUUUCAGUUUAAUACAUAUGUUCUAUAUAUAGACCAUAACCUUUAAGUCUCAGUUUUACGCUUAUUAAUAUUGCUUUUUUUAAGAUAUGUUGAGAUUGGAUUAGUUCAACAUCUGCAUUUUUUGUGCCAUUAUUUGUUUGCCAUGUAUUUUGUUUCUUUAGUUAGGUUUUGUUUUUGUUGUGUCAUGAUCUUGAGAGUGAUAAUUAUAGUCCUUUGUUAAACAGUGUGUCAUUUUAAUAUGUAGCACUUUCCUCAUUAAUAUCAAGGGUAGUUGUUUAUGUUGUGUCAUGUUCUGCAGUGUGCUAAUCCUUUGUGUAACAGUGUCUCAUUACAUUAUGUAGCAGUUGCCACUUUCAUGUUAAGUUUUUUUUGUUUCUGGUGUGCCAUGUUCUGCUAGUCCUUUUUGUACCAGUGUGUCAUUGCCUUAUGUGUCAGUUUCCACUUUCAUGUCAAGGGGUGUUGUUUUUGUUGCUCAAUAUUCUGCAAGGUGAUUUAUAGGUCUUUUUAUAACAUUGUGUCAUACAUUAUAUAACAGUUUCCAUCUUAAUGCCAAAGACUGUUGUUUUUGUUUUGCAGGGAAACUGUAUCGUUACAUUAAUUUAUGUGGCUGUAUCCAAUUUAAUGACAAGGUGGGAAAUCAGGUUUAAAAGUUUGUGCUGCUGUUUAUUUUCAAUGAUUAUUAGAAUACCAAAUAAAAUCAAGGGAGCUAUCCAAUAGAUAAUAAUAAUUCCUGUAUUUGGUUUUCUCAAAGUUCUCAACAUGUCAAACAAACAUAUAGAAACCAACGUUUCAUAUAAUGUCAUUACUCCAUUGAAAAAUACUAAAACUUGAUAUAAACUUUGCAAAAAAGCCAUGUGUACCAACUUAAUUUUGUGUAUUACAUUGAGUCCAGUUUUCUAGCCAUUACAGUUUAAUGCAUUCUUAGCAAAUUAACUGUUUGUAAUAAAAAGUAAGCUGCUAAAUUACAAAAUAUGGAGAACAUUAAUGAUUUUAGAAAUGUAUACCUGUCUGAGGAACAUAUGACUUAUAUCAGUAUAGAUGAGAUAAGUCAUGUUACCUGCAUGCGCAGUGUUAUCAUAUAUUCCGUUCAUUUACGUUAUAUUCCAAUUCUGUUCAAUUUCGAUUUUCGAUUGCACAUUAAUAUCCAUGAACUGUUUAUGCCUGUUUAUUCUGCUAAAGUGAACUUAAGUAUUUUGUUUGUGGUAAUCAGCUUUAUAUUAUGAUAUUAUUUGCUAAUUUAUAGAAAAGAAUAGUAUUUUAGAUUUGACAUGCAGUGGUAGUACAAUUAUUUUUACUCACUUUGGUAGAUGCAAUUAAAUUUCUCAGAGCAAUAAUUAUUUUAAACCAUUUUGGUAGUUUUGCAAAUCCAUCUAGUUCCAUAGAAGUAUGUGGUGUUGCUAACGGAAUACUAAUAAUGCGUUACUUAGAUAGACUGUUUGGGUGAUAUGUAAAUACAUUUCGUUUGCUGUGAUGUUACUAUACAAGUUCUAUAUAAACUUACAAUGAUGCAGCUCUUUGUGUUGUUUGUAACAAAACAUAAUUAGUUUGAGCAGAAGUAAUUGAUUAUAUAAUAGGUUCGAAAAGAGCUACCCUUUUUGUAAUAGAGUCAAUACACAUAUGUGUCAUAGAGCAUUACUAUAACCUAACUAUUUUGCUUAUCUAUUUUAUCAUGAUUUUUUAUUUUUGUAUCAACGGAAACAAAUUUGUAAUCACUAUGUUUUAUGUACGAGUAUUUCCAAAAAAAUACCAUUUUUCAAUUGCCAAUAAUUAUGUACCAAGAGAAUUCGAAUGUGUCUAUAAAUCAUAAUAAUAAUGUCAAUUGUAAUAUUUGCCAAUCUUAACGCCAUUCCGCGAUUUACACACUUGCCAUUGUGUGGAAUAUUUAAACCGUAGCUGCAUGGACUAGAAUUUGUUGAUGUGCCAUGAUAUCUCGACCUUGCCUUAUUGUCAUAUACAUUUUUUAUCCAUGACCAAAAGUCAAUGCUACUGCACAUUUAUAGGUUAUUCAAUGUUUAAAUAAAUGUUUUAUGUAAACGUUUCAAACAGUGUUGUUGUUUUUAUAUGUUCUGAACAAUAAAUUCGUCCAAUUUGA